AUGGCGUCCUUGUGCCUCUCCCCUCCUCUGCCCCUACACCACCGCCUGCAGCGUCUGGAGGCUUGGAAGAGCCAGCCAUGGCGGCUCUGCCGCCUCAAGUACGGGCCGAUGAGGGCUUCCGCCGCUCAGGGAGACAGCGCUGUGGAGCCCCCCAAACCAGCGCGCCGAGGCCGGAAGAAGUCGGACACCUCCUCGGCUUCCUCCGUCAAGAAGGUCGCCACCACCACCUCCUCCAGGUCCAGGAAGAAGUCCAAAGCACCCGCCGAGGAGCAGGCGGCGGCGGCGGAUGUGGGAGUUGAGACGAAGUCGGAGGAGGAGGGAGAUGAGGAUUUCGACGACGGGAUGGACUUCCCCUACGAUUGGCCGCCGCUGGUGUGCUGUUACGGAGCGGCUCAGCGGGAGUUCAUCCCCACCGUGCGCGUUUCCGACCGCCAGAUGCACCCCGACCAGUACUCCUCGUGGAAGGGCCUCCAGUGGAACCCGCCGGAGUUCGUGCGGGCACCCGGAGGCCCGCCGUCGAACGUGGCGAUCGCCCACGUCCGGCUGGGUGGGCGAGCGGCGUUCAUGGGGAAGGUCGGCGACGACGACUACGGCCGCGACCUGGUGUACACGAUGAACCUGGAGAAGGUGCAGACGCGGGCCGUGAAGAUCGACUCCUCGGUGAAGACGGCCACCUCGCAUAUGAAGAUCAGCUUCCAGGGGGACGGCAGCGGGAAGAUGGUGGCCGAGACCAUCAGGGACUGCGCCGAGGACGCCCUGCGGAGGUCGGAGUUGAAUGUCUCCGUCUUGAAAGAAGUAGGUGAUCGACCCCCUCGAAUUGUAUAUUCUUUCAGGUGGAUCCAAUCCUAUCCAAUCCAUGGCUCGAAAGAGCGUAAUCGAGAGGAAGAAGAGAUUUGAGGUGGCGGCGGAGGGGAGGAGGGGCUCGUGUCUGGGAUUCUUCCUUGAUUUUGGGAUUUGAAUGGCUGGAAUGGAUGCAGGCGAGGAUCUUCCACUUCAACUCGGCCGUGCUCAUGUCCCCCUCGAUGCGCCCCGCGCUGCUCAGGGGGAUCAAGCUGUCCAAGAAGUUCGGCAGCGCCGUGUUCUUCGACCUCAAUCUGCCCCUGCAGCUGUGGAGGUCCCGCGGGGAGACGUGGGAGUUGAUCCGGGGGGCCUGGGGCGAGGCAGACGUCGUCGAGCUCACCAAGCAGGAGCUCGAGUUCCUCCUGGACGAGGAGCACUACGAGCGGCGGAGGAACUACCAGCCGCAAUACUUCUCCGAGUCGGUGGAGCAGACGAAGAACCGGCGGGACUACUACCACUACACCCGCGAGGAGAUCGCCCCGCUGUGGCACCAAGGGAUGAAGAUCCUGUUCGUGACCGACGGGACCCUGCGGGUGCACUACUACACGCCGGCGUUCGACGGGGUGGUGAUCGGGACGGAGGACGUGCUGAUCACCCCCUUCACCUGCGACAGGACCGGCUCCGGCGACGCGCUGGUGGCGGGGCUCCUGCGGAAGCUGGCGAUCCACCCGGAGAUGUACGAGGACCAGCACUCGCUGGAGCGGCACAUCCGGUUCGCCAUCGCCGCCGGGAUCAUAGCGCAGUGGACAGUCGGCGGCGUCCGGGGGUUCCCCACUGAGAGUGCCACCCAGAAUCUGAAGGAGCAGGUCUAUGUUCCUUCCAUGUGGUGA